CCUCGAGUCAAUUCAUGCAAAUUGAUAUAAAUGGCCAUAUCUUAAUGCUUCUUAUUUUAUAUUGAUUGUAGCUUUAAUGGGGAAAACCGCUGAUACUAGUUGACUUGAAACCAAAGCAAAAAAACCAUUGUCUUCUUCCUGAUCGAUAACAUAAUAACAACCCCAAAUUUUAUAAUUACCUUGGGAGGAGGAUGCUAUGGUAGUGGCUGUAAGGUGGUCGAAAAGGAAGAAAAUGCCUCCCGAAGAAUCACAGUCUCGUGCGCUUCCGGUUAUUCCUUCCGUUCAGUUUUCUAGUACUGUGGCAUCAGGUACCGGCCCGAAAUUGGAUGGAGCCGCUAGAAGGAUGAAAUUUCGGGGAAAGAAAUUACUUCCGGUGCUUGUUUUCAUCUUGUCGUCCCUUUCCAUUCUCAGAUUACUUAAAAUCGCAAUUACUACUACUACUUCACAUUCUUCACCUCGAGCUGCUGCGUUGUCAUCAUCCAUUCAACAAGAAUGUUCAUCUUCUGAAUGCAGUGAGGUUCAAUCGAAUGCACCAGGGGUCGAGUCUGGUCCACGUAAAACCGUCGCCAAUUCAGCCUUUCUCAUCCCUAAGGAAUUCGUUUUUCUUUCAAAUCUCAUUACCAACAUAGCACCUUGCAAUCUCCUUGUUUUCGGUCUUCAAACGCAGUACCUCAACCUAUCAUCUAUAAACGCAGGAGGCAUCACUGUUUUUCUCGAAGACGACCCUUACAAGAUAAGCCUAAACAAAGCGGAUUCUAAUGGGACUCGGGUUUAUAAAGUUAAGUACCAGGUACCAGCUAAGAAGGCAUACAAGCUGCUCAAGCAUGCCAGGGAAAACCCUGUUUGUGCACCGAGUACAAGUCUGCUCCAGCAAUCAAGUUGCAAAUUGGCAUUGAGAAAUUUACCACAAGAAGUAUAUCAGCUUAAAUGGGAUGUCGUGGUGGUGGAUGGACCUACUGGGGACGCACCGGAAGCACCAGGCAGGAUGUCAACCAUCUACACUGCUAGCAUAUUAGCAAGGUCUGGGAAGACGACCGAUGUUGUAGUACACGACGUUCAUCGGAUGAUUGAAAAAUGGUUUUCUUGGGAAUUCCUCUGCGAAGAGAACUUGGUUUCAGCUAAAGGAAGAUUCUGGAACUUUCGGAUCUCCAAUCAAUCGAAUGAUACAAGGUUUUGCUCUUCUGAGACGGUUCGGAUAGAGUAAUAGCCUUCUUUUUAUAUCUAACCAAAAUCAGAGUGCCACAUGAGUGUCAUCUAUGAAUAACAUAAUUAUCCCUCCGCAUAGCUAACAGUGGAAUUCAGACGAAUUGGAUGUUGUCCAUCCGUGUAAAUGAAGAACAAUAGACACACUCCGUCAGUCAGAAUUGAAGGGUGUUUGCCCUGCUCCAUUUUCUCUUUCAUGUGUGUAAAUUUAGAUAAAAAGGAAAGAAUAUUGUAUUAUUGUCGAAAGCCGUAAAAAAAAUAAUAAAAAAAGAACUCACUCAAAUAAAUAAA